AUGCUUAUGAAACUUAAAGCGAUUAAAAUCUAUUCAUCAAUAAUUCGUACUGAUCUUCAUUCAAUACGAUUAGCAUAUGAGUUUUAUCGUUUUGCAAAACGUAAUUCUUUCAAACAACCAGAAAUUCACAGAUAUAAACUCGAAGUUAUACAUCAUGGUUAUAUAAAAAUUGUUGAAGAUCGUACUCUGAUAUGUUAUCAUAUGUAUGAUAUCUCAUUAGAAAUGAAUGGUAGUCUUCAAAUUAGAUCGAGUUCAUGUGCAGUGAGCCGAAGAAAAACAGAAGAAAAUUGGAAAGACUCUUAUAAAUCAACAACACAACAAACUGAUAAAGAAAUCAAAGCGAUAUCUUGCCAUCUUAAAAGUUCUUUCUUACCACAGUGGAAAGACUGGCAGCUAGUAUGA